AUGGAGGUCAAGGUGAGGCCAACUUUUAUACAAUCACUUUUGGCCGGUGGUGCUGCGGGAACUGCUGUCGAUCUCCUGUUCUUUCCUGUUGAUACCAUGAAAACCCGUCUCCAAUCUGCGAAAGGUUUUAGGCGCGCAGGAGGCUUUCAUGGUGUAUACAAGGGGGUGGGCAGCGUGGUUGUUGGCAGCGCACCUGGAGCGGCUGUUUUCUUCUCAAGUUACGAGACCAUGAAAAAAAUCCUGCCGUUCUCCGACCGUCUUGCGCCAGUCAACCAUAUGAUCUCUGCAUCCGUGGCGGAAGUUGCUGCCUGUUUGAUUCGUGUGCCGACUGAAGUCAUCAAAACGAGAACGCAAACUUCUACAUAUGGAAUGCUAGGACAGUCGUCACUCGCAGCUGCACGGCUUGUUCUCACGAACGACGGAUGGCGCGGCUUUUAUCGGGGAUUUGGGUCGACCAUUAUGCGGGAGAUACCUUUUACCUCGUUGCAAUUCCCACUCUACGAGUUGUUAAAGCUACAACUUUCCCGAAGAGUCGGGCGGACACCGCUUUACGCCCACGAAGCUGCCGUUUGUGGGAGCAUCGCGGGAGGAUUUACCGCCGCUGUGACGACGCCACUGGACGUUUUGAAAACGCGCGUCAUGCUUGACCUUCGUGUAUUAAUUCUAUCUCAGGAUCCAACCAAUGAGAAGCUGCCUUCAUUGGGACGUAGAUUUAGGACUAUCUACGCUACGGAGGGCGUGAAAACUCUAUUCUCAGGCGUGGUGCCACGCACUCUUUGGAUAUCUGCUGGUGGUGCGGUAUUCCUGGGAGUGUAUGAAUGGGCAGUUCAUGGCCUUAUGGGUAUCUAG